AAGCACGUCACGUGACCAGAAAUCAAUACGCUAGCAGCGAUGCCGCUCCGAUGCUAACAACACACCGCAGCGGGCGGAAUCCUUGCUGCUCUCGGCGAUAAACGUAAACUUGACCGGUUUGGUUCCCGUCGAUAAUUCACUCAAAAUGCGCCUGGGCUCCGUUCAGCAGAAGAUACCGUGCGUCUUCGUGACGGAAGUGAAGCAGGAACCGUCCAGGAAGCGAGACUGUCAGCAGUUCCAGGUGGUGGCCACAGAGAGCGUGAGCCCGGUCGCUGUGGUGGCCCAGGUGCAUCAUGCAGUAGCCACAGAAAAACUCGAUGGAACUUGCUGUUAUGUUUCUGUUUAUAAAGGGCGACCUCACCUGUGGGCUCGACUCGACAGGAAACCCAACAAACAAGCCGACAAGAGGUUCAAAAAGCAUCAGCGUUCUCAUCAUAGUUGUAAAGGCUUCCUGUGGAGCGUGGAGGAGGACUUUAAGCCGGUGCCGGAGACGUGGGUCCCGGCCCUCGGAGUGAAACACCACAGCGGGCAGCCGGUGCCCGAUGAACACGGACACAUUCCAGGCUGGGUUCCGGUGGAGAAGGACAACAAACAGUACUGCUGGCACGCCUCCGUGCUGGACCCCGACCUCCGGGCGGCCCUCGUCCUCCGGCCCAGCGCCGAAGACGGAGACGCGCUGGAAGUCGUGCCGCUCCCGUUGGCCGACCUCCUGGAACGGACUCUGGAGCUCAUUGGAACCAACGUCAAUGGAAACCCGUAUGGUCUGGGGAGCAAGAAGACGCCUGUCCACCUUCUGGUGUCCCACGGGGCCCUACGGAUCAGAGACCCCCCCCCGGUGGACUUCCAGCAGCUGUGCUCCUGGUUCCGGGAGAGUCCAGAGGGCCGAGUGGAGGGCAUCGUCUGGCACUGCCACGACGGCACGCUCUUUAAGGUCCAUCGUCACCACCUGGGACUGAGAUGGCCGGAGGGGGAUCCCUCGCUGGGCGAGCGGGCGGUGGUGGUCGCCGUCGGGUCGGGGGACAACGUCUUCAGGUCGGGCGGCGGCGUCGUCGUCAGGAAAGACUCGUUCGCCUUGUUCUCGGCGCUGAGCGGACGCCGGUUCAGUCGACUGAUGGACAUCACAUUCACUUUGUGAACAGAGCGAGAGACGUUUCUGUUGUCUCUGGAGCAGCCGCCGAUCACCAGGAAGCAUUCGGCACGGUUACGCUAAUUCUUCCAUUUGACGUUUGCUUUGCAGAAAUGUUUACAGCUUUAAUUCCAAAGGAAGGAAAAGGAUAACGAGCCGACGGGACACGUUGAAGCUGCAUCAAUAUUCUGUAUGUUACAGCUCUAUGUGAACAAAGUUGUGGAGGAAAAUACAGGACAAGUCCGCGAUGAAAAGCAGCAG